GCGGAGAAUCCAAGAUCAGAUGUCAGUAAAAGCGUAACGAGUCCGUCUGUAACCUACAAUAUGUGAUCUGAGGACUGACACGUAACGGGACUAAAACUGCAGAGGUAACGUCUGGUGGAAAAACGCUGAAUGGCGGAAAGAUCCCCGAGCGAGAAGCGACGUCGAUAAAUAAUUUACAGACCAUGAACUAUGUGGGUCAGUUGGCGGGUCAGGUGUUUGUGCAGGUCAAGGAGCUGUACAGAGGACUCAACCCUGCAACCCUGUCUGGAUGUAUAGAUAUAAUCGUGGUCCGGCAGCCUGAUGGCUCCCUGCAGUGCUCCCCCUUCCAUGUCCGCUUCGGCAAGAUGGGCGUUCUGCGGUCCCGUGAGAAAGUGGUGGACAUAGAGAUCAAUGGAGAGCCAGUGAGUUUGCACAUGAAGCUGGGAGAGAAUGGAGAGGCCUUCUUCGUCAAAGAGACGGAGAACAUGCUGGAAGUAGUUCCGUCCUACCUGGCGACAUCACCCAUCAUGUCAACGGGGGAGGAGUUACUGGAGUCCCAGCUGGGCAGGGGCAGCUCUCGUCACCAUGACACCAUCCCCUGCAGCUCACUUCCUGUCCAGAACCUGGGAUCACAGCAAAGUGAUGGAGGGAUGACCAAGAAAAGGAGGAAGAGGAGGAGGAAAACGCGGCCAGAGGGGGGUGGAGGGGGAGCAGGAGGAAGGAGAGAGGAGAGCGGGGAGGAGUUCUCAGAGGAUGAGGAUAUGUUUACCAUUGACUUGAGCUCGGAUGAGGAGAGAGAGUGUGACGACAGCAGAUCGAUGUACGGUGAUCAGGGGUCUACAGCCAUCACCCACCCCAGCACAGAUUGGACCCAUACACAGAGUAAUGUGCUUAAGGAGCCUCUCUCCAUCCCUCCACCCUGUGGUCUGUCCAUCUCUUGUCCUCAGCAGACCUCUCACUUCUCUUCCCUUGUUAGCAGCCUCGAUGAUUCUCGGUCUUCAACACCAAAGAGCGAUUCAGAGCUAACCAAUCAGAAUAAAGACAACCCUGAAAUGCUGUGGACUUGGGGGGAGCUGCCACAGGCUGCCCAGCCGUCCUUCCUGACUUCCCACAUGAAGCAGGACCCUGCCUCAGCAGUAUCCAUCCCGGUGUCAGACAGCACUCACUUCAGAGCCAUCAGUGACACUGGACCUCCUUCCCUCACUCUCUAUAACAGCCAGCCAGGAGAGAGCACUGCUCAGCCUGGGGACAAGGACUCUGAAGAAAGCAAAAAUGGAGCCAGAGAUGGGCUAACUGCUAAGACUGGGGACAUGGCAGGAAGAGAGCAAGGGAGACAGGUGGAAAGUGUUGGGCCAUCAUGUGCAGAGAUGGAGGGUCUAACUGCCUGCUCAGCAUCUCCCAGGAUUCUCCCUGAUCAUCUGGACGAAGGUGGGAAUAGAGGAAGUCCCAUCAGAAGAACCGAUUCACCAUCCAAGAAGAAAGAAAAGAGAAGCCAACACCUUGGUGCUGAUGGCAUAUACCUGGAUGACAUUACAGAGCUGGAGCCUGAAGUAGCUGCUCUCUACUUCCCUAAAAGUGAUGGAGGCAGCAGCUCUAUGAAAGGAGACUCAGAGAUGAUGAUGAUGAUGGGAGCGCGGAGCGCUAACCAGUCCCCACAGUCAGUGGCCAGCAGUGGGAUGGACAGUGGGGUGGACAGUUUGUCUGACCAAUUAGGGGACCUGCCUCAUGUCGCCAUCUCAUUGUGUGGAGGACUCACUGACAACAGGGAGAUCACAAGGGAGCAGUUCCAGGAGAGGGCAAUUUCCUACCAGCAGUUCUCUGAAAGCCCUUCUAUUAUUGAUGACCCGAACCUGGUUGUCAAGAUAGGAAACAAGUACUACAACUGGAACACAGCAGCUCCUGUCAUGUUGGCCAUGCAGGUCUAUCAGAAACCUCUGCCGCAGGCCUCAGUGGAGAACAUCAUGAAGGAGAAGAUGCCAAAGAAAGGAGGACGCUGGUGGUUCUCAUGGAGGAGCAGGAACAGCGACUCCAAAACAGAAUCCGUAACAGAGGCAGGAGGAGACAGAGGAGAGAGUUCACUCACUAUGACCUCAGUGAACAGGAUGAAGGAUGAGUCAUCCUCGAGUGACGAGGACCACAGAUCCUCCAAUCAGGUGUCAGGAUCCUGCCAGUCAGAGACCCUCAUGGGUUCUGGUAACAUCUGCUACAAGAAAACUCUUCGGCUCACGUCAGAGCAGCUGGCUAGCCUGCAGCUGAAGGAGGGUCCUAAUGAUGUGGUGUUCAGCGUGACCACUCAGUAUCAAGGCACCUGUCGCUGCCAUGGCACAAUCUAUCUUUGGAGCUGGGAUGACAAGAUAGUCAUCUCUGAUAUAGAUGGAACCAUCACCAGGUCCGACACCCUGGGCCACAUCCUCCCCACCCUGGGUAAAGACUGGACCCACCAGGGUAUCGCACGGCUCUACCACAGAGUCAGCCAGAAUGGAUAUAAAUUCAUGUACUGCUCGGCAAGAGCCAUCGGCAUGGCUGAUAUGACGCGAGGGUACCUGCACUGGGUCAAUGAGAGGGGAACCAUGCUGCCAAUGGGGCCAGUGCUGCUCAGCCCCAGCAGCCUUUUCUCUGCCCUGCACAGGGAGGUGAUCGAGAAGAAACCAGAGAAGUUUAAGAUCGAGUGUCUUACAGACAUCAAGCACCUUUUCUACCCAAACACUGAACCUUUCUACGCUGCUUUUGGCAACAGAGCUACAGAUGUGUAUUCCUAUAAAGAGGUUGGUGUUCCUCUGAACAGAAUUUUUACUGUCAAUCCCAAGGGGGAGCUGAUACAGGAGCACGCCAAAACCAAUAUCUCCUCCUUUGGUCGUCUCUGCGAUAUGGUCGACCAUGUCUUCCCAGUGAUAGUUCAGGAUGAGGAAGCAGACUUUGCCUCCUCUGACACUUUUGACCAGUGCAACUACUGGAGCAAACAACUUCCUGAAGGCACCAACCAGGAAGAAGAGGACCCACAGCCCCUUGAGACAAGCUGAAGAAAUCUCAUCGAAUCCAGCAUCGAGAUCGCUGCAUUCCAGCUGGUCAUUACAUUGCAGCCAGUCAUCGCACGACACUGUGGUCAGUGGUUUUGUGAUUCUUUGUGAAACCGACAGCCCAGAUUUAGGGUGAAGAUUCUGAGUAUGUUAGAAUCAAAGACUUAUCCAAGAAGUGUGUGUGUGAAACACAUACGUGACAAAUCCUGUCCUGUGACUCCUUCAACGCUCAAAGAUGUUACUUAACAUAAGCAGCUGCGAGUACUGAUUCAGCAGUAAGAAAACAAGCAGUCCUGGAAACUCACACCACAAAACCCCAAGAUAGGAAGCCAUAUUACAACAAACCUAUAGGAGUGUUUCAGAUGAAAACAAAAAGAGGAACAAGGGCAAGAUACUUCAAAAUCAGCACUAACGGGAAAAAACAGAAAAAGACUGCUGCAUCAGGAAAAAAGUAAAGGAGAAAAGACUAACUGACCGUUCUGCAUAAAGGAAGUGGAGGCACACUGGGUCAGACACUCACAUAUCACACAUUUCCAAGUGCACUGACUCACAACUUACUGACUGACUUACAGUACAAAACUGCAGAACACAAGUAGGAGAUACUUUUGACUGGUUACCAUUUGCUCCUUCAUCCCAUACCACUCUGUAUUUACACUGGUGGAAAGAAAAGCUGCCACAUGCUGUUUGCAAGGGUUAAAAAGAAUUAGGACUAAAAAAGGUAUUACAUCAGUUUAUCUCCUAACACCCAGUGUUUUCUGAGUUUCAUAUGAAACGCACAAAAACAUAUUCAUUGACGUGCCUAUCUUCCAAUAGGUCCCUACGCUUUGGUUAACGUUCAUUAAAACAUGAAAACUUAUCCAUGUGAAUUGAAUAAGACAUUAUCUUACAGAAAUCCUGCUGUAGGCCUACUCCAUAAAUUCUACAUCAGCAACCCUUCCAGAUUACCAACACAACCAACUUCCACAACUGACAAAAAUAUAUAAAUUAGACAUACAAUAGAAUACUGGCCCCCUUUUUUCCCUGUUUCAUGCAGUGGAGACUCAGUUUCAUCUGGUCCAAGUAUGUGGCUGGAGUCAUUUUUUCCUGACCUCAAGUACAUAAGAUACAUAACACUUUGCACCAGAAACACCACAUUACAUUACAGUAAAACCACGUGGAACAUGCAGAUAUUGCGCAGACAUCUUCUGUGCCAAACUAACAAAAUGUGUGUGGUCAUUUCACCGUGCUACUGUGAAAGAUGUGGCUCUAGCACAUUUUCUAACAAAUGUUCAGUGACUGUACUCAAGAUAAAUGCAGGACAAUGCAGCUAACUUCAGUCUGUGUUCUUUAUGUCUGUUUUUAUAUGUGUGAAUAAAUUAAAUUAUUCCUGUGAUAUGCUAGAAUGUAGAACAUAAAUCACUGAACAGUGUAUGUUUUUCUAAUGACUAAUGCUCAUCAAUGCAAUUAUUACUGUAUAGGCUCAUACAGGAUAUGGUCAUAUAUUUUCAGUUAUGUUGUCACUGCACAGAUCAGUAUACUUUAAUGUACAGCACUAAUCUGACCUGUAGUGGGAAAUUAAAUGCAGAAUAUUUAGAUGCUGUGAAGUUUUCUCUUCUCAAACACAUUGAUAUAUAUAUUUUUGUAUAUAUUUCUUUCUUUAAUCAGGCAUUUAUGUUUUCAUCCGUUCAUCAAAUAACAUUUAUUGUAAUGCAUUUAUGGGAGAUGGAGGCCUGCCUGUUUUUUUACUACAUGCACAACUUAAAAUAGGGGAAACCACUGUAAAUAAUGAGUGAUGCUAAUUUUUUGACUAUAUGAAGUGAACUUUUUUAAGCUGAAAUAUUCUCUAAAAUACUUUGUUACUGGUGCUCAUUCAAAUGCACUUGUAUCCGUUACUAUAAAUCUCUCACUAUUAAACCAGCUGCCACCUGUUCU